CGUCAAAAACGAAAAGUAAAAAGAAGCGAAAGAAACAAAAACGGUUUCGAGGCAGCAACUUAAUCGCUCACGAAAUAUCGGUUUUUGUUAAAUAUUUAUUUAGUUAGUUGCUGUGAAUAGUGUAGAUUUGUGCUAAAUCGCGUGAGAAAUUGCUAAGCGAAAAAGUAAAUAACGGUUCGGCCGCGAGUGUAAACAGAAAGUGUUGCCCUCUCGCUCGCACGCACACUCGCAUCCAAUCCGUCGCAAGAAAUUCUUAUCACACGGAUUCCCCAACCUUGGCUCAAUAGUAGAAUAAUAAAUAUAGGUUAAUAGCCCGAGCUAAUCUGUAAUCUAUACAACAACCGUACACCGAGAUGGCAGCGACGCCAGCGCCAGCAGCGACGCCGGCAGCGACGUCGUCGUCAGCGACUGCAACGAAAAGUCCUACAAAUCCACUGUCCACCGAGGAGAAGACCCUUCUCCGGGGACUCGACAAACUCCGCAACGAGGACAAGCUCACGGAUGUCACCCUGAUCGUCGAGGAGCACCGAUUCAAGGCCCACCGCGUUGUCCUGGCGGCCAGCAGCGACUACUUCUGCGCCAUGUUCGCCGACUGCGCCAUGAUCGAGUCGCGCAAGGACGAGAUCAACCUGUACGGGAUUACGGCGAGGGCGAUGGGCUCGAUCAUCGACUACAUAUACACCUCGAUGCUGGAACUGAACUACGACAAUAUCGAGGAGAUCCUGGCGGCGGCCACGCACGUCCAGGUGCGCGAGGUGAUCGAGCGCUGCACGCUCUUCCUGGGCACAAAGAUCGAGAUGGAGAACUGCCUGGCCAUCGCCGGCAUGGCCGAUAUCUAUGGCAUUAUGGACUUGUCCGAGCGGGCACACCGCUAUAUAUGCGCUCACUUCGAGGAGUUCGCCACCACGGCGGACUUCAAGGAAAUGAAGGUGGACCAGCUGCGCUUCAUCCUGUCCAGCAACUAUCCCAUCGAUGUGGCCGAACAGGAGCUGGUGCGUCUGGUGUGCAGCUACGCGAUGGAACAGCAGCUGGAGGAGGCCGCUCUGGGGGAUCUGCUGAGGCUGAUCAACUGGCCGCACAUUAGCUACAAGUCGAUGGACGAGCUGAGGCACCUGAACUGCUCGCUGGACGAGGGAAAGCAGCUGCCGCUGCCCACCAGCUACUACAAUCGAAUAAAGCACGCCUAUAUGGGGCGACUGAUGAACGGAGUGGGGGCGCUGGAGGAUCAAUCGCUGCCGCAGGGACCGAAGAAUAUGCGCGGCAUGGAGCUGUGCCUGCUGAAGAUCGGGGGCUUCGAGUGGAAGGGACUGACCAAUGUGAUAAUGUGCUUCUCGCCGACCAAAAUGAAUUGGUACGAGUUGACCGCCAUACCGCACAUCGAUCAGUCCUUCAUGUUCUAUCGCAUUUUAGGCAACUUUGGCACCGCCGUCCUGAACAACAAGCUCUUCAUCGUGGGCGGCGCCUAUGAUGUCUGCCUGAAGGAGUACAUCCAUCCGUUUGGCUUCUGCUACUGCCCGCUGAGGAACACCUGGAUGACCAUAGCACCCAUCCAGCUGGAUCGCUGCCGCUUCUCGCUGAACGCCGUGGGCAAUCAGCAUCUCUAUGCGGUGGGCGGCAUACUGGACGACGACAACUCCGAGGAGGCGCUGCGCAUGAUCUCCAAUGUGGAGCGCUACGACAUCGCCCAGAAUGUGUGGACCUAUAUGCCCAGUCUGCAGGAGAAUCGCAGUCAGCAUGCCGGCGUCGUUGUGGGCGACAAGCUGUACAUCUCGGGUGGCAUCCACUUGGCCAACAUCCUGGCCAGCAUGUGGAUGUUCGACACGAAGACGGAGCUCUGGCAGGAGCUGGCCUCGAUGCCCACGCCCUGCUGUGACCACGUUCUGGUGGCCGUCGACAAUCGCAUCUAUGCCUGCGGCGGCUGGCACGAGAGCCUGACGGAAUCGCGGGUCCUGGUGCAGCACAUCUAUGCCUAUGACAUCGAGAGCAAUGCGUGGAGCGUGGAGACCCAGAUACCGGCACCGAAAUUCUACUCCGGCGUGACGGCGAUGGGCAGGACCAUAUUCUUUGUGGGCGGACUGGACUCGACGGAGUCGAUUGAUCGGGCCAGUGCCGAAACGAUGGCCUACGAUCUGGACAGCAAGGAGUGGUGGCGCGAAAAGGACUCGUGGGACUCGCCCAACGACGUCUGGGAGUCAACGUGCGCGGCCAUCUAUGUGCCCAUGUUCGAUUUCUAAUAGUUGCCUUUGGAUUUCGGAUUGUCUUCCCUCCACAUCUCUGCUCCCCAUCGAAUUUAGCGAUUCUCAUGAUAUUUUUUUUUAUAUUUGUAUACAUAGUAUGUGUAGCUAGCGUAGGACUACAUGCGAGAUUUUGUGAUGACUGCGCACAGUGACAUGAAAUGUGCCAAGCACGGCAACGAAAAAAAAAUGUUUAGACCGUAAAAUGCCUUCGUUUCGCUUUCGAAAUAUUCUGUAGGUAAUGUUAAAUUAUUGCAAAGUAAAAUGUAAUUAACUUGUAUAGACACCGCGUAUGCCUUCUCUUCUCUGUUGAAUGUUUAAUAAAUAGUUAGUGUAAAAUUAUUAGGACCAUUUGUACUUAACGUGUAUAGACUAAGAUAGGAAAGUUCAUAAGUUGUUCAUAGCCCCAGACUGCCCUUUCUUGUAUUUUUUUCCUCGACCUUUCACUUGAUUUAUAAAACAUCUUCAUUGUUAGUUUUAAUUCCUAUUUCUGCAACAAGGAAACUGCCUAAUUUAUUAUUUUAAAAAAUAAGAAGGACCUUCUGGGCUUCCAAUUGUGUAAAAAGAUUUUAUUCUCCCGUAAUUAAGGUCAUUGGCAAUAAAUAAAAAACUACAAAUAAUACAAA